GUUGUCUGCCCGUGCCGGCCCAUCUGUCGGGUGCAGCGCGCGCCGCGUCAUAAAGCGCGUGCAGGCCUCGCGGAUGCCAGAAACUGCAGGCAGGCGCGUGCGACGACCGGGACAGGCCGCGAGAGAGGGAGAGAGGCCAGCCGGACGACAACCAACAAGAGUUUUCCAGUGAACAUAAGGCCAGGGGAGAGAGAGAGAGCGAGCGGGGGGAACACGGAAGAGAAUUGUUCCAGAAAAGAAAGAAGCCAAGUGAAUGUGAGCGGGUGGGAAAACCGUCACCUUGGGAAGGGACUCUGGCGUGUGCCGCAGCCAUCUCAACGACGGCGGACCGUUAUUUCGCGGACACAAAGUUUUCGAGAUGCAAGACAACAAGUGUUUCAGGUGAAAAAAACAAACCCACAAAACUUUAACAGAGAACAAACAGGAAAAAAAAACCAUAAAAAGAAAGAAGCAUCUACCCCACCAUCCACCCCAUCAAAGGUGAGCCUGAGCAAGCAAGUCGAGUGUUUUUCGAGGUCUCUCUCUCCCCCGCUCCCAGAGCAGCACAGAGAAAAGAAAUUUUCGAGACACGAAAGUGUUCGUCGACAGUCGCCACGGCAGUGUUGUCGUUGUUGUUGUUCCGCCUUGAGAACGGGUGGACACUUGCUGCAGCACUCGUCUUGUCGUGCUGCACAGCACUUGGGAGGACAUGCAGCAGACUGUGACCAACCUGCAGCACAGCUACCGGCGCGUGCGGGGCCGCAAGAAAAGUCUGCAACUUGUCGUCUGCUCGCUGCCUCGCCAGUGGUCCGCGGCUCGCAACUGUGUCGUCUGCUAAAAGAACUGUUGCGCACCCGUCUGGCAAAACUCUCAACUCUUGGACUUCCUAUGCAACGAAUGACUGUCACCCGACACGUGUAACCUGUUGCUAGACACGGGUAAUCAAGGCACUUCAUCUGUUACAAGACACUUGUAGUCUGUUACAAGACACUUGUAAUCGGUUACACCACAGGUGUAACAAUCCGAGGCCUGGCUUCUAUACUUUGUUAUUGCAGGAGUGUGUACCUGGCGUGUACAUUCUUCUUGUCUUCUGGGACAAACAAACAACAAGUCGAUUCUCACUGGUGGCGAUGAUGUCACCUUAUCCGUGCGCACUCAUCCAAAAUUGUUCUGGUGUUUCGUUUUUGUCUUCUGAUGCUCGUCUAAACAAACUUCAACAAUGGUUUCCUUAGCUGCGGAGGAUUUGUUGCAACUGUUUUGUCUGAAUAUUCAGGACUGGACCAGAGAAGGACAUCGGAAGUGACUCGAUGACAGUUUUGUUCUCUUCAAAUCCUUUAAAUUCUUACCCUGUGAUCUCAAAGUGGUUUGCGGAGAGUUUGAAGAAUGUAUCAAUGUGCUAGAUAAAACUCAUGUGGUAAACACCGAUGUGCUAAAACUUCUGUUGACAAGCAGACGUCACCUUGUUUGUUUGGUCCACCAACUGUUGUUGUUAGUCCAGGAUUGGAGCGUGCGAUGAUGUGCCUAUGGUGGACCUCAAGAAGGAUCAACGAAAGGUUUAUGAACACCUCUCUGAGUCCAACAAGUUACAUCACUUACACUCUGGACUCUGACUCAGACGACAUCCUCUACAGUCCAUGUGGUUCUGUCUGUUGGUGUGCGCUCUAGAGUGUGACAUCACUACUCUGAAAGUAUGAUUUGUAAGCAGGCAGAGGAACAAAGUAUGCAAUGACUCGGUGCGCACGACUCUCUGUUCACGGGAUGAUGAUCAAAGUCAGAAUGUUAUGAUGAACAUCAGAUGACCGUCGUCUCCAUGACAACAGCAGUGGUAAGGGACUAGUGAGAUAUUACACUUUGUUUGACUCACCAGCAGGAACCUUUAGCCACACAAACAUUCCGACAGCUUCAUUUCAUCAAAUCUUUGUUGACGUCUCAGAAAAUAGUUCUCCAGAUAUUGUCCCAGAAAAUAGUUCUCCAGGUAUUGUCCCUGGCGUACCUGGUCCGUUGACCACCCGCGUUCUACCCGUUCGACGAAGGGAAACAAGCCAGUGUGGCUGAGAGGCAUCCGGAAGUGUCGUCAUCGUCGUGACCAGCGUGUACAGGAUGCCGCGCUCCUUCCUGGUGAAGAAGUCGUUGAAGGGCGAGGACGCCGCCUACCACAGCUACCGCGUGCGCGACAUCUAUGACGACAACGACCAUCACGUGGACAUCAGCCUCAAGGCUAUCGCCCCCUUCACCCCCAUCUCCCCCUCCGUGCAGCCGCUGACUGUCACAGUCAACAACGGGUACAUUCGUGAUGUCAUCCCGUCUCCAGUAAUCCAGAAUGGCGGCGACGCUGACCAUGACCACGUAGAACCCAGCACGCCGGGUCAGCUGAGCGAGUCGGCCGCCACAGAGUCCGCCCAACAACACCAGCAACAGCAGCAGCAACAACAACAGCAGAACCGCAAUCACAUCUUUAACAACGGUGUGACGGUUGGCUACACUUACGACGCCUUCUUCAUCAGCGACGGCCGGUCCCGACGGAGGACAUCCCUCGACAGCAGCAGCGACUCGCACCAGAGCUCCGCCAGUGCGGCAGCGGAGGCGGCGGUGCGGCCCGCGGCGGGCGGCAGGCAGCGGUACACGUGCAGCGAGUGCGGCAAGGACUACGCCACGUCGUCCAACCUGUCGCGACACAAACAGACUCACCGGUCGCUGGACAGCAAGAGCGCCAAGAAAUGUCCGCACUGCGACAAGGUGUACGUCAGCAUGCCCGCCCUCUCCAUGCACAUCCUCACGCACGACCUCCGCCACACCUGCAACGUGUGCGGCAAACACUUCAGCCGCCCCUGGCUGCUGCAGGGUCACAUGAGGUCACACACGGGGGAGAAGCCCUUCGGGUGCGCACACUGCGGCAAGGCCUUCGCCGACCGCUCCAACCUGCGCGCGCACAUGCAGACUCACUCGGCCUUCAAGCACUUCACGUGUCGCAGGUGCAACAAGUCGUUUGCUCUCAAGUCUUACCUCAACAAGCACUACGAGUCGGCCUGCAUCAAAGACUAGGCGGGAAUCUGUCGACAGUCAGGCAGUCCGGCAGUCAUUAACAAUAAACAAAGAGAAUUUAGAGUUCAAAGGUCGGCAGCCAGUCAAGCGUAUCGAUGUGGUUUUUUUUUUUUAGUCAAGAAAUUCCGGUCUCACUUGUGCGGAGGAUUUUCCCUCCCUCAUAUUUAAAGAAACAGAAAAAAAAACUAUAGAAGGUGGUCAAUUAAAGUCUGGAGGCCUUGAUUAAUCUGAUUCCUGACUGUGAACACAAUGGCUGUCGAGUGAACAAGUCAAGUGUAUCGCACCACAUGUAAAGAUCCAGAAUUUAUCACACGAAGAUCGGAUUUCAGUUGAAUGAGUAGUAGAUAUAUUGUAGGAAAAAUGUAACAUGAAGUAGUUGCCAAGUCAACAGAAUUACACCUGACUGAACAGUUUGAGUCCAGCCAUCCCAGCAUGCAGUGCAAUAUUGUUUUGAAUCAUCGAAUACAGUGUUAUUAUUUUUUUGUAUUCAGUUGACAAACAGCUGAUGAUGUAUUUCUAUUUCUCCCCUCCUCCCACUUCUUAUAAAGCACGGGGAAAACAAGUCAGGGACGACUGAAUCCCAGCUUUCUCUCUCCCUUUCUCUCUCUUUCUCUCGCUAAUCAUCUCAACGUUAACAAGAAGAUAAGAGCGAUAAGGAAGACGUUGAUAAGAAGUGAACUGUCUGUUGGUCGAGCGAGUUGUACCCGUGCUGGGCCCUCGGGUGGUCAGCGUUAUGACGCAGUGCCACUGCACUCCAGUGCCUGAAGGGAUGUGAACAUGUGUUCACAUGACGCUGAAUGUUUGUACUAAGUGCUGAUUUAUUUUCCACUUCCGUCUGAACCUGCGCAUGCGCGAUUUAACGCAUGCGCAUUGCCUCUACAACAGUGCCUAUGUGAAAGUUGAAAACCGAGACUGAAGCUCAUAAUACAAGAAAGUUGGUCACGUGUCUGUUUGAAACAUUCUAGAACAUUUAGUGACUGCUUGUUGACUUGUUACUGAUAGUUUCCUAUUCACGUAUUUACUGAGUGUACUCCACUGUCAUUGAUUAUUCGCACACAGAUGGCCGUUAUGAGAAGACAACCAUGUUGAUUUACAUUUUAUUGCCUCCCUCCCAACCCACCUUACCUGUCAAAGCUUCACUGACACACACACACACCUACUGGCGUUAUAACCUCGUGGUCACCCAAACCCCUUUACACGCAUCGUGAGUCACGUGACCCCUCCCCCUCUUUGCUCUUCGUCCUGGCACCUCGCUGUCUGUAAUACAUCUACCCGUACAGUACCCGUGAAGUACUCAGUCCAGCAUUGUACAUGUACUUGUCUGGCGCAAUGUACACAGGGGAGGAUUUAUUAAAAUAUUUCCACACCCUAAUCCGCACGCGAAAACACACAAACAUACCUUCCUCACCACAAACACGCACGCGCGCACACAAACGCACAUACACCCUAAUGCACGUAAACAUACAAAUGUAUACAGACACAUUUACACACUCUCUCCGAUUUUUAUUUGUCAGGGAGGAGAGCUACAACAAAUGUUUUAAGUAUCCCAUCCACUUCUCCGCUUUGUGCACGUCUCCAUCUCUCCCUCCUCCUAACCUCGUUUAUGUGUCCGGGAGGAAAGUCAUCUCAUCUCUCCUUUAUCUCUGUUUCUUUCUCUCCUCAUCCUCCCAUUACAAUUCUCCCACAUGCCCAUCCCUCUCCAGUUUCACUCGAUUCCACGUCCGUCCCUUCGACAAACGGAUUUACGGCGGUCGUUACGUGCCGUCACGUACCGUGUAGCUAUGUGCAGCUACGUGCCGCUACGUGCCGUCACGUACCGUGUAACUACGUGUCGUCACGUACUGUAUAGCUACGAGUAGCUACGUGCCGUGUCCGGACCACCGAUGCCUCUCGUCCUCAACUAUUAUGCACUUAGCGCCACACAUAUCUACAUGUCUGCGUCUUUCCUUAUGCAGUCUGGUCUGCCUCUACUUGACACCACACACAGGUGAGCAAUCGUCUCUACAUGCCUUGCACGAAAAUCUUUUUUAAGACCAUGUUAUUUAGAUAUAUUGCUAGUUACUGUGUACAUAUCACUUACAAAAUCUACUUUUGUCCCCGACACAUGCCAUGCAGCGCGCGCUGUGUAUUUUUGUAGGCCGUGUACAUGCUGACCAUCCUCGCCAACUCAUUUAUUUUUUCAUUUUUCCUUCCAGUUUUUGUAUGACCCGCCGAGUCAGCCACAAUUUCUGUAUGUGUAGGCCGCGUACAUGAAGCUUUUUAGUCCAAGAAUGUUGUUGUUUAUCGAGAAAUCAUAUCAUUCCGGGUUGUGAGCUACAAAAUCAUGUCUUGUGUUUUUUUUAAAUGGUGUUUAACUACACACCUCAUCAGAGUUGACAUUUUACAGAGGUUUUGACUUUUUUAAAACCAAAUUUGUCCUUUUUGGAACUUUUGUCCAAAUUACCGUUUAUCUCAAGAGCAGCAUGUUUCAGUUUAUUUUCUGCUGAUAACUAUUUUCAUAAGUAUGAAAAUGUAGCUGAUUUUUUUUUGGGAAAAAUAAGUAUACAAGACUGUAAAGUACAAAAAAUAAUUUUAAAUAUUUUGGGUAAAAACAAGCAUAGUUUGUUGAAUAAGCUAUCAGUUAUGCAAUAGAUUUUGUUGUUUAUGCACCGUACAAGUACCCUGUCGGCUCCUUUGGUUUCAAAAAAAAAAAAAAAGAAAAAAGAAAAAAAAGAAAUAAAUAAAAAUGAAACUUUGAAGAACAGACUAGAUCGUUCUUAGGAUGCUAGGACGACAACAACAACAAUAAUAUUUACUCGUAUACAGUGACUGCUUUCACUUUUAAUAAAUGAAAUGGAACACUUACUUAAUCACUUUCCUUCCUUGUCCUUUUGAAACUGUCUCGCCUCAGGUUGGUUUACUGUAAACAUAGUUCAGUAAACAGAUCGGUUCAAGAGUUAGCUGUGUUUAUUUUGAAGCCAGUCCAGUUAGUAAACCUCAUUAGCUUUUUGUGUAGUUUCUUUAAAUUAAAUAAACAGAUCCGCUCUUUACUUCGUUUUGUUUAUUUUAAAAUUAGUUCAGUAAAGAAAUUUGCAUUUUAGGUAGUUGUGCUUAUUCCAGUAAACAGCAAGGAGAUUUGUUCAGUGGUUAGCUGUGUUUAUUUUUAAAUGAGUCCAGUAAACAGAUCUUAGUUGUGUUUAUCAAAACUAGUUCUUUUAAUAUGUUUGCUUAUUGUAUUUAUUCAAACUAGCCCAGUAAACAGAUAUGGUUUAUGGUUAGUCCUGUUUGUUUUCAAACUAGUGUGGUAAACAAAUCUGCUUACUACUUGUGUUUGUUUACCUGUCCAGCAAGCAGGCCUGGUCACUAGCUAGUUGUGCAUUGUACUCCAUUGCUUGCCCAGCUUCUGUAUCCGCUGGUCUGUCUCGCUGUGUGUGUGUUUUCUGUCUGGGUGUUUGUGUGUUGAUAUGAUCUGUUUCUAUUACCUUACCAGUAUUACAUUUGUGUUACCAGAGGGACAAGUUGUGGCAAUACUGCCCCCUUCCCUGCCGGGCCCAUCUACUUAACAUGUACAGCAGUCUCGAUGUACUUAUUCAUCUAUUCAUCAUUUUGAAGCCAGAUUUUUUUUACAGACCAGUCAUACAUGUAUAAUAUUUUAGUAUUAGCAACAAACUCUUUUGUAUGGAAUUUUGUACACAAACAGUUGCCAUAAAUACUGGAUGUGACAUCAGUUUGCUUCUCGCAUCCAUUUUUUCCGCUACCUUCGUCAUGUUUGUGUUGUUCAUAUUGUGUGCAUAUACAGAAGCUUGCAAUAAUAUGCAAUAUGUGCAAUAUCGGCUACUCUCUCUUUAUUCGUAUGUAAGUGGAGUUUUUACUUACAAUUUACUACUGUGUUAUAAUUUAUUUCUCAUGUUUUUAGCGGUUCAUGCACCGAUUCGUCUGUUGACCCAGUUUUCUAUUUUUUGGCAUAACAUUUACUUUCUUUUGUUAUUAUUUUUAGUUCUUCAUAAUUAUUUGUGUGUUUUUUUUAAUGUGAACAAAUGUCAUGAGGAGAGAAUCUACAUUGUGUUUUUCAUUUGCUCACCGAGUUGUAUGAUGCCAAUACAUUCCAUUGCUACUCCAGAUGUGUGUCGGUUGUUUCAAUUUCUCUGUCAUAAUUUUAAAACAAAUUGUCAAAUUUAU